CCGCCGGGAGGUCCGGGAGCUCCUGGCGGGCCGGGACACCGAGGACAUCGAAUGGGAGGACCUGUCCUGCCUGCCCUUCACCACCAUGUGCAUCAAGGAGAGCCUGAGGCUGCACCCGCCCGUCACCGCCGUGUCCCGGCGCUGCACCGAGGACGUGGCCCUGCGCGACGGUCGCGUCAUCCCCAAGGGGAUCAUCUGCCUGAUGAGCAUCUACGGGACCCACCACAACCCGGAGCUCUGGCCCGACCCCGAGGUCUACAACCCGCUGAGGUUCAGCCCUGAGAACACCAAGGGACGUUCCCCAUCGUCCUUCAUCCCCUUCUCCGCCGGUCCCAGGAACUGCAUCGGGCAGAGCUUCGCCAUGGCCGAGAUGAAGGUGGUGGCGGCGCUGACGCUGAACCGCUUCGCGCUGCGGAGGGACCCGGCGCGGCCGCCCCCGCGCCGCAAACCGGAGCUCAUCCUGCGCGCCGAGGACGGGCUGUGGCUGCUGCUGGAGCCGCUGCCCCGCGACGCGGCCUGAGGGACACGGGGACACCGCGGGGACACCGCGGGGACACCCUGCGGGGACACCCUGUG